UAGAACGCUACCUGUUUGCGAGUAUUUAGAGCGGGGCUUCCUUGCUAUCUAAACGCUUGUUUUACGAACAGGGCGUCCGCUAGUCCACCGAGCUAGGUUCCACAAACAGGUUAAGCGUCCUGCAAUACCGUGACCCCAACUUUCGUGCUCAGACAACAAACAGGCGACCAUAGAUUUCCUACUUUUAAAGCAAGGUCGGAGCUGCGGUCAGGAAGUUCGGCAGCCCUAGAAUCCGGAAGAAUGCAGCGUAACGCAGUUAACGCGCAAGCCACCGGCCGCAACAAGCCUAGCCUAACCCUUAUUCCCAAGCAACGCAACGUCCCUUAUCGCCCACUCCUCCCGGCCAAGCCUCGCCAUGGCGAGCCUCUUCGCGCCAGCGACAACAAUGAUGCCCCAACCAAGCCAGGACGCUCUAGCCUCAAGACACAGUUACUUCGUGGCCCUCUUCCACCCGACCUCUUCCACGCCCAUCCCAAGAUCCGGCAGCUGCAGCACAUCCUCCGUGGCAAGCAUGCCCAACUUCGCGGAUUGGAGGGUCCGCUGGGCACCGUCGUGGUUCCCGCCUAUAUCUGGGGCGCUGUGUCCACCCUGCUAGGCCUCCACUCCGCGCUGCCUGCCCUCACCGGCGCCGCCAUGGGCGGCCUCUUCGCGCUGCUGCACCGCUUCUGCGACCGCCACAUGUGGGCCGCCCCGCCCGCGCCGCUCACGGUGGUGGUCACGGGCGGCUCGCGGGGGCUGGGCAAGGCGCUGGCUCGGGAGUUCCUGGCGGGUGGGGACCGGGUGCUGCUCACCAGCAGGGGGGCGGCGGCGGUGGAGGCGGCGGUGGCGGAGCUGAGGGAGGAGGUGGAGGCGGCGGGGGGGCCGGCGGCGCAGGUGGUGGGUGUGGCUGCCGACGUGAGCGACCCGGCGGGUCUGGCGGCGGUGGAGGCGGCGGCGGUGGAGGCGUUCGGCACCGUGGACGCCUGGGUCAACAAUGCAGGCUACUCGGGUUCCUUUCAGGGCAUGUUGGAGCAGCAGGAAGAGCAGAUUGAGCAGGUUGUCCGCACCAACCUGCUGGGCACGCUGCUGGGCACGCGGCAGGCGGUGCGCCUCUUCCGCCGCCAGCCGGGAGGGGGGCACGUGUUCAACAUGGACGGGGCGGGCGCGGACGGACUGCCCACACCCAACUACGCGGCCUACGGCGCCACCAAGGCGGGUAUCGCGCAGCUGACUCGCAGCCUGCAGCGCGAGCUGUCCGGCACCCGCGUGCGGCUGCACAUGCUGUCCCCCGGCAUGAUCCUCACCGACCUGCUGCUGGAGGGAGCAACAACGGCUAACAAGCAGGCCUUCAACAUCCUCUGCGAGCACCCCGAGACAGUCGCCGCCUUCCUCGUCCCCCGCAUCCGUGCCGCAGUGGCACGCGACGCCGCCGGCACCUACACCCGCUUCCUCACCC